AUGUCACAACCUACAUUACCAGUUGUUGUUGUUGGAUCUGGGUUAGCUGGGCUAACCAGUGUUUAUAAGCUUUUGGAACGCAAGAUCCCCGUGAUCUUGAUUGAUAAGAUGGAUAAGAUGGGUGGGAAUUCUAUCAAAGCUUCUUCAGGUAUUAAUGGUGUUUUAACUUCAACUCAAAAGCAAUUUGGUAUUGAAGAUUCAGUUCAAGGGUUCUUUGAAGAUACUAAAAAAAGUGGUGGGAAGAUUGGUGAUCUGAAUUUACAACAAAAAUUGGUUAAAGAGAGUACUGAGGCUAUUAGAUGGUUACAACAAGAUAUUGGUGUUCCAUUAGAUUUGGUUAAUAGAUUAGGUGGACAUUCUCAAAGAAGAACUCAUAGAUCUUCGAAUAUUCCACCUGGAUUUGAAAUAAUUUCCAAGUUGAAAAAUAAGAUUGUUGAACAUGAAGAGAAUUUAAAAUUAUUAUUAAAUAGUCAAAUUGUGGAUAUUGAUAUAUCAAAUGGUAAAAUCAUUGGAUUGAAAGUUUUGGACUUGAUUAAUAAACAUGAAGAUUAUAUAAAGACUAAUCAAAUUGUUAUGGCUACAGGUGGGUUUGGAUUCUCUGAGGAAUUGAUCAAGAAAUAUAGACCUGAUCAAAUCAACAACUUCAGAAUUCACCAAAAGAACAAAACAAUCAAGCAAUUUACACAAAACAAAAAUGGAUAA